CCUUUCCCUCUCUUCCAAUCCUCACCCCUGUUCUGCGCACGUUCCAAAAAGAUGUCCUCCCUCUCUGCCCCACCACCACCUCCACCACCACCACCACCAACUUCAAUAAUUACUAAAACAUUAUCGUCGACUUAAGCCCUAAAUAUUCCCUUUCUUAUCUUUUUCUGCACAAUUUCAAUCCCCCAAUUCCAUAAAUCUAGGUUUUAAUACUUUCAUCCAAAACCAAAAUCCAAAAUGUUCUCCUCUCCUUUAAUCCCAGCCUUGUCUAUACUCAUAUUUCUCCCUUUCCUCUUUCUCAUCGCCCCAAGAAUCCUCCUCCUCACAGACCUUCAAAUCUCACUGUCUCCAGAUGAGCUUGACGACGUCGCUUUGUUCCACAAAGCUAUACUUGCUUCUUCCUCUCAUCAUCAUCGUACAUCUUCUUCCUCUAUCUCCCACUUGGGCACCACCACAAACCCUAAACCCAAAAUCGCCUUCCUCUUCCUCACAAACUCAGACCUUUCUUUUGCCCCUUUAUGGGAAAAGUUCUUCCAUGGCCACCAACACCUCUUCAACAUCUACAUCCAUGCCGAUCCAACGGUCCAGAUCACUCCUCCCGGCGGCGUAUUCGAAGGCCGCUUCGUCCCGGCAAAGAAGACCGAGCGGGCCUCCCCCACGCUCAUAUCUGCGGCGCGUAGGCUCCUCGCCAACGCCAUCCUGGACGAUCCAUUAAACCUAUACUUUGCCUUAGUGUCCCAACACUGUAUCCCACUGCACUCUUUUCCCUUUGUCUACAAAACCCUCUUUGGCAGCGAACUCGCCGCUUUAAGAGAUUUUGCCACCCAAUCAAAUCACCAAAGUUUCAUCGAAAUCCUCUCCGAUGAUCCCAACCUCCCUGAGCGCUACGUGUCUCGGGGAGACAAUGUGAUGCUCCCGGAAGUGCCUUUCGAGCAAUUCAGGGUUGGAUCUCAGUUUUAUAUCUUGACCAAGCGGCACUCGUUGCUCGUGAUCCAAGACAAGAGACUUUGGAGGAAAUUUAAGCUGCCUUGCUUGAACGUCUACUCUUGCUACCCUGAGGAGCAUUACUUCCCAACACUUUUGUCCAUGGAGGACCCCAAAGGUUGUAGCCACUACACACUUACAAGAGUGAAUUGGACUGACAGUACGGAUGGGCAUCCCUACACAUAUGAGGCUCCUGAAAUUUCUGCACAGCUCGUGCAUACCUUGAGGAAGUCCAAUUCGAGCUAUUCCUACUUGUUUGCGAGGAAAUUCUCUCCCGAUUGCUUGAGGCCCUUGAUGAAAUUAGCAAGUCGUGUCAUAUUUCGAGAUUCCAAUUGUGUUUAUAAUUAACGCAGGUGAUUAACAGCUCAGGUAAAUGUCCUAACCUUUUAGAAAUUUGAUUGGGAGAAGUGUUUAUAGCAAACUUUUGUAAUGGCAAGUAGGGGAUAAUCCUUUUAGUCACUCAUGUUUCAAUGACCAAAUUGCGUGUUACUGAUCAAAUUAUAAGAUUUUUAGUGAUUGCCGACGAAGUCUAACCAAU